AUGAGUCUGGGUAGUGCUGAUGUCCUGCAGAGGCUGGAACAGGCUUUGGAGGCAUCUAGUCGAUGUACCUCCAGUCAGGAAGACCUCCACCUGUGGCUUGGUCGUAUCGAGAGAGAGCUGCUGGCUCCUGCUGCCCAAAGCCAGACUGGGACGCAGUCUUGUGUUCUUCUGAGAGGCAGAAGAGACACCACACUGGCACUUGAGGAGCUCAGAGCCACUAAUCUGGACCCAGACAUCAUUGCAGCCGAGUUCAAUGAGCAGAAAAUACUUGCUGUAGAGAUUCUGCAGCACAAGUUUAACAUUGAGAAAAUGGUGAAGAUUUUGGAACUCCUGCAGAUGGACACUGAGGAUGGGGAGACACAGAGACUCCAGUCUUCCCUAGACACCUUACAGGAGCAGUGUCAGGUCACUACUGCCACUAAUUCCCAAGUCUUGCUUCAGCUGGAGCAUGCUCAGUCGCUCUUGUCUCAGUUCUCAGAGGGCUAUGCUGAGGUGUUACCAUGGUUACAGGAAACCAAAGCUCUUAUUGGCCAGUUUACCCUGAACACCAUCAGCUACGAGGCUUUCCGAGAACAACAGGACCUCUUACAGGGCAUCAGGGAGUCCAUAGCAGAGCAUAAGCCACUGAUAGCACGGCUGAUCAUGCUGGCCCAGCGUCUAUCAGACCUGAAUGCAGUUCAGGGACUCGAGUUCUGCCAGAAAGCUAGGGACACUGAAGAGCAGCACCUGGCCAUCAGAGACAGGGUUCGAGAAGCUGCUGGAGUACUGGAGGAGUCUCUGCCCCGCUAUACACAGGCCUCACCCCACGAAUUCAGGAGCAGCUACAGGACAACAAGCACACACUGUCUGAGCUCUCAAAAAUGGAUCUGGACCUCAGCAGUGUUAGGACACAGGCUGGAGCUCCUGGCCAACACAGGGGCUCUUGGGGACAGUUCCAUUGGCACAGCUAUUCAAGAGCGGGUUUGCAGCCUAACAAGCCGCUGGGAGGAGGCUCAAAGACAAGCUCAGGAGAGGGAGAAGUGUCUUCUCAAUCUCCUGGAUCUGGCAGUCAGGUUCUGGAAUGAAGUGAGUGACAUGACAUCUGGACUGAAUGAUGCCCAGCAAGCUGUUCUGGACCUCAACUCCAAUCGGUCAGAUUCAGAAACCAUCCGACAGAGCCUGGAGACCAUGCAGACACUCAGGGAGGACAUUGAUUCUCUGCAAGGUGACCUGGACACACUAGGAGUUCUGGGAAUGGAACUCAUGUCAGCUUGUGGUGACACAGACAAGCCAGAGGUCACCAAAAGUUUGGAUGAGCUUUAUGGCACGUGGAACAAUCUCAGUAAGAUCUGGACAGAGUGCAACAGUAAGUUAGAAGAAUGUUUACGAAUGGCUCUCCGUUAUCAGGACAGUAUGCAGGGACUCUUUGAGUGGCUGAAGUCUGCAGAGCUGAAAUCCACCGAGGACUUCUCAGUGGGAUCUGACCUGGGAUCAGUUAAAGAGCAGCUAUGUGACCUGAAGGAAUAUAAGCGAGAGCUCUAUCAGAAGAAGAUCGAGAUUGAAAGUCUAAACCAUCGCUUUGUGUGUCGUCUCUCCCCGGGCACUGAGCGGCCUGGGUCCAUCUCUCCACUGUGUGACUUCCGUCAGCGAUGGGACAAUCUGGAGUCAGAGACUGUCAGCAGACAGCACCAGUUGGAGUGUGCACUGCUGGGUUUGGGUCAGUUCCAGAACACUCUUGAUGAGUUGCACGCCUGGCUCUCCCACACGGCUGACCUACUGCAGGCCUCUCAGCCAAUCAGCAUUGACCUGCAAACCUGUGAGAUAGAGCUAGCCAAGCACAAGGUUCUGCGGAAUGAUGUGAUGUCCCAUGUGCACACGGUCGACUCUCUGAACCUGGCCGGCAGGAACCUGAUGGAGUCUGGUGCGGGAGACAGUUCACAUGUCCUGCAGACUCGUCUGGAACAGCUGAACGAACGCUGGGAAUUUGUGCGCUGUGAGACAGAGCGCAGACAGCUAGAGCUGGAAAAUAACCUCAGUCAGGUUCAGGACGUAUCCAUGGAGAUCCAGGAUCUCCUGCAGUGGCUGGAACACACAGACCUGAGGCUGUCGUCCAGUAAGACGGUGUGGGGAAUGCCAGACUCUGCCAACGAGAGACUGAACGCUCAUUUGGAGUUGUGUAAUGAGAUGGAUUCUAAAAUGCACGCCUACACAAAUGUGCGCAACGCCAUCCACAGGAUGCUGGAGGGCAGUGAAGUGGCCCGGGGCUCCAACACGGAGCAUAGCUUAUGCAUGCUGGAGCAGAAGUGGAGCGCUGUCUACGCUAAAAUGCAAGAAAGAAAGGCAAAGUUAACAGAGGGACUUGGUCUUGCAAAGGAGUUUAACAGUAAUGUCCAGGACCUGCUGACCAAAAUGGCCAAGUGUGAGGAGACCAUAAACACUCUGCCUGCGCCCAGCUUCAUCCUGGACACCGUCUGCGCUCAGCUUCAGGAGCACAGGGUGCUGGUAGGUGAGGUGCAGUCUUACGGAGAGAGGAAGACGAGUGUGGAGACCGCUGCCACACGUCUGUCGGAGCUCAGCAGGAAGGAAGACUGCGAUGUGGUGCAGAACCUGAUCAUGACCGUUCAGGACCGAUACAAGAAACUCCUCCAGCACACCACAGACAGGGGGAAAACACUCGAGGACGUCAAGAGACAUGCUAAACAGUUCAGUGAAUCAUGGCACUUGCUGGUGGACUGGAUGACGGAGGUUGAGCAGACGCUGGACACACACAAAGAGAUCGCAGUGUCACAGGAAGAGAUCAAACAACAGCUCACUGAACAAAAGGAGUUCCAGAAGCUGCUCCGCUCGAAGCGGCCGAUGUACGAGGCCUGUCUGAAGAGGGGCCGCUCGCUGCAGGAGAAAGCCCAGGGUCCUGAAGACACGCAGCAGCUGGAGAACAUGGUGUCUGAGCUCAGGGACUCAUGGGACACCAUCAGCGGCAAAUCCAGCGAGAGGCAGCACAAGCUGGAAGAGGCUCUGCUGUUUUCAGGCAGAUUCACUGACGCUCUGCAGGCUCUUAAUGACUGGCUGUACAGAGCCGAGCCACAGCUGGCUGAAGAUGUGCCUGUCUGUGGUGAAAAAGACCUGGUCAACAUUCUGAUCGACAAGCACAAGGUGUUCCAGCGGGAGCUCGGGAAGCGUGCCAGCUGUAUCCGCACACUGAAGCGCUCGGUCAGGGAUCUGACGCGGAGCAGCACGGCCGAUGCACACUGGCUGCAGGAGCAGAUGGAGGAGCUGGAGGGCCGCUGGGAGGCCGUGUGUAAACUCUCUGUGUCCAGACAGACUCGACUAGAGGCCGCGCUGCAGCAGGCGGAGGAGUUCGAUGGAAUGGUUCACUCGUUCCUGGAUCAUCUUUCGGAUGUUGAGAGGGUCCUGAAGUACGGAGUGCUGCCUGAGGAAGAGCAGGCUCUUCUGGCAUUUCUUACCUGUCACCAGGAGUCGAUGAGCUCCUUGAACACUCAGCAGACGGCGCUCGAGAACAUUCACAAACUGGGCGAGGAGAUUCUGUCCUCCUGCCAUCCAGACUCUGUCAUCACUAUCAAAUCAUGGAUCAGCAUCACAAACACUCGCUACGAAGAGGUCCAGACGUGGGCGAAGCAGCAGGCCGAGAGGAUCCAGACCACACUGUCUGCUCUCGGGGCAGAGAGAGAGGAGAUCCAGCGAUUACUGGACUGGAUCUCCUCCGCUAAAGAGACUCUCAGUCUGAAGGAGCAGGAGCCGCUGCCUGAGGACCCAGAGCUCACUGCAGAUCUCAUCACGCAACACGCGGAUUUUAUGGAUGAGAUGAAAGGGAAGGUACCAGAAAUCGAAAAAGCCACAAAGUCCUGUAAACACAAGCUGGUUCCCAAGCAGCAGGUUUCUCCCAGUCGCAGGGCACCAGCAAAGAGGAGAGGCACAGCGAAGCCCCCGCCGUCUGUUGCUCUGUUACUGGAGAAACUGGACCCUCAGACCCCCGUGAUGUGUCAGCUGGUGAGUCAGUGGAGGAAACUCUGGCUCCUGGCCCACGGCAGACAGAGCAGACUAGAGGAACACCUGCAGAGGCUGAAAGAGCUGGAGGAGUUUGCUAAUUUUGACUUCAACAUCUGGCGGAAAAGAUACAUGCAGUGGAUAAGUCACCUCAAAUCCCGGAUACUGGAUGUUUUUCGUAGCAUUGAUCGAGAUCAGGAUGGCCGGAUCACUCACAAGGAGUUCAUCGACAGCGUUCUGGCCUCUAAAUUUCCCACCAACUCGCUGGAAAUGACUGCGGUUGCUAACAUAUUUGAUGUUAACGCCGAUGGAUUCAUUGACUACUAUGAAUUUGUGAGUGCUCUCCAUCCAAGCCGAGACCCUUACAGAAAGACGAUAGAUGUAGACCAAAUCAACGACGAGGUGAGUCGUCAGGUCUCUCAAUGCAACUGUCCAAAGAGAUUUCUAGUAGAGCAAAUAAGCGCGAAUCGCUACAGGUUUGGCGACUCUCAGCAGUUGCGGAUGGUGCGUAUUCUCAGAAGCACUCUGAUGGUUCGAGUUGGCGGUGGAUGGACGGCAUUAGAUGAGUUUCUAGUGAAGAAUGACCCCUGCAGAGUAAAGGGACGCACAAACCUGAAGAUAAAGGAGAAGUAUCUCUCUCCGGACGGGUUCGAGGCAUCGGGCCGCAGAGGCAGCGCUAAAGGCCUGACCGUCAGCAGAUCCAACUCCAGCCUGAGUUUAUACAGCAGCGCUUCGGCUCCCAGCAGCCCGCUGACACGCAAGGCGUUGCUACGCAGAAGUUUCUCUGGUGAGAGGUGCAUUCGACCCAGGAGCUCUAUCGCAGCGUUAGGGAGCGACCACUUCUCUGCCGACAUCGACUCACCUUCACCUACAGAAGAGUCAGAAAGACCACCAACAUGACCACAUCUUGUCCCGUCCCACGAGCUCAAGCAGGCAGGCGUUCCUGAUCUGCAGGAUGGACAGAAACCUCCCCAGCAGGCCUCAGAUCAGUGGGCACGCUCAGACACAGCUCUCAUGGCUGGUCACUAGUGCUCUGAGGUGUGUUACGCCAUCCGUUUCAUAGCAUUGACUUUUUACCUUCACAGACUUUGUUUUUACAAAACGGACUCCCUCCUUUGUGUGUAACGAGAGAGCGCUGGAAUGUUUCGCAUGGGUUUGAGCAGCAUGACGCCUGUAGUAUCAAAGAGCAAUAGCUUAUGUAGUGCUUUACACGGCAUAUAUCCACAGAUCUCUUUAUUUUCUGUAGCUGCCUGAUGUAGGGACAAAUGUUCAGUCGGACCCUGCAUCCUCCACUGCCUUUGUAUCAGUUUCACCCCACAGUUAGUGAUGCAAAAUACAAACCAAAAUACUGCUGUCUUAUGGUUUAGGCUUUAUCAUAAGCUGAGCUUUCGGGGUCCAUGUUAAUGUUUUGUGUAAGUGUGGCUAUUAUAUCCUCAGGUCUGAAGUGCUAGAAUAUUUCAGGGUCUAGAGUAUGAAUUUAAAGACCACAUGAAACAUACCACCUGUCACCAUUAGCAAAUAGUAAAUAAUGGUUAACGGUGGUAAAUGAGCCCAAGAAAUACAUGACUAUGCCUACAUUUCCUGAAAUAUGUAAAUAGCAAAUAACAAAACCAGAAAAAACAUUGUUCCAGGGACAUUUUAGUGCACUUUUCACAUGACAUGUCUACAAGAGGCGCUAUAGGCUACAUCAUUUUUCCCCAUUACAGAUUCAGAUUUAUUAAACAGCACAGUGACAUUAAAAAAAAAAAAAGAAAA